CCUCUCUGGGCACCGACCCUGAAGCCAAUUCUCUUUCAUCUCCUGCAUUGACUCAAUAGCUUACAAUCUUAAUAGAACGCAUUGUUUAUCUUCACAUCAUAUAGACCUUCUACGCUUACAACACCUCACUCCAUUCGAGAGGUUUUUAUUCCGCUCACAGUUAUUCCACUCACGGACACGGCUAGUUCCAUCUGGUCGCAGCACCUUGAUCUCGAACCUUAUCGUGCCUGCACGCACAGAAACGUUCCUGCCUCGCAUCGUCGAGAAACAAUCCAGCACCUCAGCAAAUCCUCGCACCUGACUUACCUGAUUCAACCCGACGCCAAACCUCAUCAGAAACUCAGAACCGGUUUGCCGAUCUUGUCAGGAAAUCAUAGAUUUUUCCCCACGUAUCCGAGCGAAGCAAACUUCAGAUAAAGACCGAGCCCAACCUCAUACUUAGGCCACGGUGAACUGACGAUCUCCACGAUUACACCGGCGCACCCUGCAAACCACACCACUUCCCUUACCUGACGUCUGCUGUAGCCAGCGAUGGCGUCGUCUCGGUCAACAGCCCCCGGGGCCGCCGGAGCCAAGCAGCGUCUUGCAUCCGAGUUCGCUUCGCUGCUGAAGGAGCCAUGGGUUCACUUCCAUGACCCGGACAUGAUCGCAGCAAACCUCUUCCACUGGAGAUUCGGACUGGUGGUCACGAACCCGGACUCGGACUUUUACGAGGGCUACUUCAAGGUCGACAUGUCCUUCCCCACAGACUACCCGUACUCCCCACCCCAGUUCAAGUUUGCGACAUCGACCGGCAUCUUCCACCCGAAUGUCUACCCAGAUGGACGGACUUGCAUAUCGAUCCUGCAUCGACCGGGAGAGGACCUGAUGUCUGGCGAGAUGGCUUCUGAGCGAUGGUCGCCGUUGCAGGGCGUAGAGUCGGUGCUGCGUUCAGUUCUCCUUCUGCUCGAUGACCCGGAGAUUGGAUCACCAGCCAACGUGGACGCUUCUGUCACGUACCGCGAUGAUCGGGCCAGGUACAAGCAACGGGCGCGUGAGGCGGUAGCACGGAGUCACAAGGACAAACCUGAGGAUUUCGUCAUGCCCGAGAGCCUCGAGGCUGCCAAGCCACCACCCAAGGCGGACUACGAUGAGGACUUUUUCCAGCCGAGCGACGAGGGCGAGUUCGACUUUGGCGGUAGCGACACAGACGACGAGGGGGACAUGGAGUUUGAGGACGAGGAUGAGGAUGAUGAGGACGUCAAGAUGGACACGGAGGAGAAGGCAGAGAGGCGGCAAAAGAAGGCCGAGGAUAGCGAUGAUGGUGCUCUGUGAGGCAACAUCUGGCUGUCUGACUGUAACUUUUGAAGACUGGGUCUGGGCUAUGACCGGUCUAUAAAUUAAAGGGCUGUUUUCUUAUUCUUUUUCCCCCUUCUUUUUUCUCUCUUUGCUCCGGCGUUUGGGCUCUUUACUCGAUGCCUUCUACUUCCUAUGAUGCUAUUUGAUUUCCUACAGCUGGUCUCGUUUGUGGCAUGGCGUCGAGGAGGCGUUUUGGCUGGCAGAUGAUGGCGACGGCGGAGUUUCAGGCAAGAUCAUUGCUAUUGCGGUGCAGGAUCUUUCGAAAGGGAGUUCUGGUUGUUCCAUGAAUAUUCAACUAUAGACAUAUGCAGCGCUUUUUAUGCAAACCUUCAUUUGAUUUCAAAAAAAAAAAAAAAAAAAAAAUGAUGGUAGACUAAUAGCACCGGGACUUGAAUAG